AUGUUCUGCAUCAUUAUCAUACCAGUCUCCAAGGUGGACAUCAAGGGAUCGGUCGUACUUACGAUCGGAUCCGGGAUCAUUUUCACUGGAGAGGGCUGUACCGAAGUGUUCAAAGACUGGAAAGGACGACCCCGGAUCCAGGGCGAAUCGCCGGGUAAUCUUCAAGCGACUUACCCAUUCCAGAUCAUCGCCAUGGACCACAUCCCCUCAUUGCCCAGAUCCUACAAAGGUAAUACUGAGCUGUUGAUCUUUGAAGAUCUCUUUUCCGGAUAUGUGAUUGCCAAGACGAGCGGAUCCAGGACGGCCCAGACCGUGGCAGAGUCCUAUGAGGAAUGUGUGUUUCGCCGAUUUGGUGCAAGUGAGGUGAUCCGCCACGAUCGUGAACCCGGAUUUAUGUCCGAUUUCUUUCGUGCGUUUAACAAGAUCCUGGAUCAGCGUCAACGUGCGACAAUGGCGUAUAGGUCCCAGGCGAACGGAUUCGCAGAAAGGAUG